ACUUUGUCUGCUCGCGGCCCUAAACUUUGAACAGUGGCAGCUUUUGCGCAUGUCUCUCUCCCAACACAAAAAACCACGCAAAAAAAAACAUUGCCCUCAAAUCCUCAAACUUCUCUACCCCAUCCCCUCCCUAAAUUCAAUGCACUAACACAACAUUAUUUACCAACAAAUAUUACUUUCUACUAAACCAUAUCAUGUUUCAACUUCUCCUAUAAAUAACAAUCGAAGUUUAGCUAGAGUUUUUCAUAUCACUAAUUCAAAGCCAUGGAAGAGUAUUGCAUAAGGGCGGCGCGAGGCGGCGGCGGCACGGGGAGCAAGUGCGGGCGGUGGAAUCCGACAGGAGAGCAGGUUAAAGUUCUGACGGAGCUGUUCAGAUCAGGCCUCAGAACUCCCACCACUGAUCAGAUUCAAAAAAUAUCUGCAGAGUUGAGCUUUUAUGGUAAGAUUGAGAGCAAAAAUGUUUUUUAUUGGUUCCAAAACCACAAGGCCAGAGAGAGACAGAAACGCCGCAGGGUUUUGGUCGAUGAUCUUCAUCAUCACACCAACACUCCUAAACAACAAUUUGGUAGUGAUCAGAUAAAUGAGGCGGAGAGAGUGAUUGAAACUCUUCAGCUGUUUCCGGUGAAGUCGAGGCUAUUUGCGGACGAGUGCAAGGAGAAUACGUCGUCGUUUACGUACAGCCUCGGCAUGGAAAUGGAUCAUCCCACGUUGGAUUUGAGAUUGAGCUUUGUUUAAUUAGUAAACCAUGAUUUUGAUCAUGGGUUUUAUCUACAAGAUAUAUUAAUUUCAAAGUAAAUUAUUGUUAUAACGUUAAUUAGAUGUAAAAUUAAUGCACGUAGAUCUAUAUAUCAUGAAUCAGUGUUUUUUUAUUCUACUCUAUUUCCUCGCAAA